AUGCCCGCUCGAACCGACUCACCUCUUCAAGUCGCCAUUAUUGGCGCCGGCCUUGGUGGUCUUGCAGCAGCCGUCUCUUUGCGUCGCCAGGGUCACUCAGUGACAGUUUAUGAAAGAUAUGAUUUUGCUGGCGAGGUUGGUGCUUCUUUGAGCGCCGCGUCAAAUGGAUCCCGCUUUUUGGAGGAGUGGGGAGUGGACGUGGAGGCAGCUAAGCCGGUGAUACUCAAACGGCUCAUCAUGCACGACUGGUCCAACGGCGAAGUCAAAAGCACGUACCCGCUUGGCGACUACAAAUCCAAAUUUGGCACUGACUACAACAACUUCCAUCGGAUCGAUAUUCACAAGCAGUUGUUGAAAUCUGCAUUCGAGGAACCUGGGGCGGGGCCGAAGUGCGAGCUUAAGGUCAACUUCAAAGCGACAGAUGUGAAUCCCGACAGCGGAGUGAUCAAAUUCGAACAUGGCGAGGAAACUUCGGCGGAUAUUAUUGUGGCAGCAGAUGGGAUCCGGUCUCUCACUCGGCCCAUGAUCGGCAUUGAGCCUCAAUUCGAAAUGUCCACAUCAUGUUGCUACAGAUGCAUCAUCGGGGCCGACAAGCUGCGCUCCCUCGGCCUGGAAGAUUAUGUCUCCAACGAGGCCAUUGAAUUCUGGGGCGGGUUCGGAAUCAACAAGAUCGUCAUGUCUCCCUGCAGCAACGGUGAAGUGGUGAGCUGUUAUUGCUUCUACCCAGCAUCGCACAACAAUGUCAGGGAUGAUGGUUGGAGUAUCAGCGCCUCACCAGAACAGCUUGUGGAAACUUUCCCGGAUUUGGAUCCACGCAUGAAAACUUUGAUGCUGAAUGCCGAAGACAUCAAGAUGUGGAGAUUGUAUAAGCACCAGCCCUAUCCAUACUGGGUCAAGGGCAAAGUCUGCUUAUUGGGUGAUGCGGCGCAUCCCAUGAUGCCCGAUCAAUCCCAAGGAUCUUGUAUGGCAUUUGAAGACGCCGGUGCUCUGGGUCUUGUCUUGAAUAAGAACUUCCGCGAGAAUUACAGCGCGGUGGAAGGACUGGCUCUCUAUGAGAGCUUGCGCAAGGAACGGGCGACACGAGUGCAAGAAGCCAGUUUCAAAGCGCGUGAGAACUUGAACGAGCGUAUUGGCUGGAGCUCAUCUGCCGACCAUCCUGGGAAGUUGACCAUUGAGGAAGUCUGCGGGUACAAUAUGAGGGAUCAUCUAGCUAAGCUGAUUUCCGAGCAACGAACAGCAUGA